UGUCCUGUAAACAACCAUUGACCACUUGGCCCUCCAAUUCACUCGGUCAGGUAUUUCAGGUGGACAUGACGGGCAUGCUAUCUUAUUCUGUUGUUUGCCUUAACCUUGGCGAACCGAGUAUAUCUGCCUAAUAGGAUCCCUCUAUAGCCUACUCGACUCGUAAGAAGGUGUACUCCCAUAGAUGUGACAGAAGAUGCAAGCAAACAGUAGCAUCACCAGAGGAAGUGGAGAGAAUGGAACGUCUCAACACGUGACCACAGUACACCAACCUCAAAACCGGAACACACCAGAUCAAUCUCAAGAUACAUUCAUACUGAACCAGACAGGAAAGCAUGGAGUUAUGCAAGGGAUACUGGGAAAUUCGAAAAGCUUUGGAUUGCUUGUUGGUGGCAAUAUGUCCCCUGGCAUAUUGAAUGAUGCCUGCAGUGGAUACACUGAAGUUGAGCAGAUCUUUGAUUACUGGAUGACGGGUCUCGAUCAUGUCAGUAAUGACAAAACAGGAGAUGCUGGUCAGGAGUUCAGUCAUGAGGUACAAAAAAAUCUUGUCGGUCAGGAACCACCUCCAGUCAAACAGGAGACAAAAAUAUUGACUCAUACCUCCAAAGCUGGAUUGUCAACUCAAGCUGGAUACUGUGUGAGGAAUCCUCAGUGGAAAUGUGAUUCUACUGAAAAGGAAAAUGAGAAGUUGGAGGGCUCUGGUUUGUCAGGUGAUCCAUUUGUUAAUAGGAAAGGGAGUUUGAUUGGAAAUGCUUGUCAUCAAGGAAAUGACAAAUAUUAUAAACACGAGAAUCUGGAUUUGAAAGAUUUGCCACAUUCCACACCUCUUGAAAACCACCGUGUUUUUUGUGCUUCCCAUAUAGAGAUGGAAAGUAGAGAAUUAAAACGUAAACCUCAGGAUAUCAAAGGGGAAGAUGCAUUUUGGUCAGAGGGUGAGAGUUUACCACAGUUUGAUGUAUGGAGGGAGAGUCUGAAAGAAAGUGAUUGCCAACAUACUAGUAAUGAGGAUAUUAAACCGGAUUGUUUGGAUUCAAAAGAAUUGUUCAAAGCCAUGCCUGCUGAAAACCACCAUAGUCCCCAGGUAAAGAUGGAAGGUCAGAAAUUAAAAUUUGAACCUCAGGAUAUAAAAAAGGAAGAUGGGUUUUGGUCAGAGGGUAUGGGUUUACCACAGUUUGAUUUAUGGAGGGAGAGUCUGAAAAAAGGUGAUUGCCAACAUACUAGUAAUGAGGAUAUUAAACCGGGUUGUUUGGAUUCAAAAGAAUUGUUCAAAGCCAUGCCUGCUGAAAACGACCAUGGUCCCCAGGUAACGAUGGAAGGUCAAAAAUUAAAAUUUGAACCUCAGGAUAUAAAAAAGGAAGAUGGGUUUUGCUCAGAGGGUAUGGGUUUACCACAGUUUGAUUUAUGGAGGGAGAGUCUGAAAAAAGGUGAUUGCCAACAUACUAGUAAUGAGGAUAUUAAACCGGAUUGUUUGGAUUCAAAGGAAUUGUUCAAAGCCAUGUCUGCUGAAAACCAUCAUAGUCCCCAGGUAAAGAUGGAAGGUCAAAAAUUAAAAUUUGAACCUCAGGAUAUAAAAAAGGGAGAUGGGUUUUGUUCAGAGGGUAUGGGUUUAUCACAAGACCAGUUUCACACAUGGAGGGAGAGUUUUAAAGACGUUCACCAACAUAUCGAUAAACUCAGUUCUGCAGAUUCAAAAGAGUUGUUGGAAUCCCUGCCUUUUGUAAAUUGCAGUAUUUCUCAGGUAAAGAUGGAAAGUCAAGAAUUAAAAUGUGAACCUCAAAAUAACUGUGGGCAAGAUGUAAUUUGGUCAAAGGGUGUGGAGUUUUCACAAAACCAGUUUAAUGCAAGUUUUGAAAGUGAAGUUCACCAGCAUGCAAGCGACAAAGUUGCGAAAACUGCUUACCUAAAGAAGCCCAUUUGUGUUUCUCAGAUAAAAAUUGAAAAUAAAAAAAUAAAAUGUGAACCUCGGGACAUGGAAGAGGGCGAAGUCAUGUUGUCUGAGGCUUUGGGGCAUAUUAAAAAUGAACGGCAGGAAUUGAACAAAGCUGAAAGGGAGAAUAUUCAUAAAUCAGGAAAGAGGUUUGUGAAAACCCAAAUCAGACUGGAGUCUUCUCAGAUGGAGAUUGAUCAUCAUUUUGUGAGGAAACAGGAGAAGGAUGUAAAGCCAGAUUCAAGAAAUCUAGAAAUCUCCCCAGGACUAAGAAAUGAUUUACAAAAUACUUUUCAUGUAAAACACGAAAGGGAAGUGAAUGCCGAGUGUCUUGGGGUGAAAAAAGAGGAUCCUGUUUGGACUGUAAAUUCUAUAAAGCAGGAAAUCUAUACCGAUGGGAGGUCUGACUGCAGGGUUUCUGUGGAUCCCAUUUGGGCUUCCCAUAGUUUGCAGACUCAGUCGAAGAUUGCCAACACAGAUAAUAUAUGCAAUGACAAAAAAAGCUUUCCUAAAAAUGUGCCAGAGUGCACCAAAUCUGUGGACUUUAAAGCUGAAUCAUAUUUGAAAGAUGAGGAUCCCAAUUGGGCUUUUCAUUGCUUUUCAAGAAGAAAAAAAGUCAUGACUGAGGACACUAGUCACUUAAAAUCACCUCCCCCUUCAAACUCUCAAACUUGCGAUGAAUUUCAGCGCCCAUCCAAUAUGAUUGCAUCAGACCCCCAACAAGAGGCCCCUGUCCCAGUUCAGCAGAUAUUCCCAUCUGGUUUCAGUCAUCAAGUUAGGACAGCACAGGAUCCCUCUGUCCAGACGGCCACUCAGAUAAGUCCUAUGUUAAAUCAGAAGGAAGUUGCUCAGAAGCGAGCAGCACAACAAUCAUUCCAAUACAGCCAAGGUGGAAAGUGCUUCAGUAGUCAUGAUACAUUAAAAGUCCCCAAAAUAAUGCAUGAAAAUGACCCAUACAUAGUAGAGCAGUUGAAACAACUUUCAUUUUGCAGACUCUGUGGAGAAAAACAGAUCUUGCAUUUGCAGAAGGGAGAAGUGCGGAGAGGAAAAAUAAUUUUGACACCUAAGUGCAGUUCAAGCGAAAAACAGUUCUGGAAGUGUUGCUCAUGCAAACGUGGCUUCAGAAGCCAAGUAAGAUUAAAUUUACACCAGCAAGUACACUUAAGAAAAUUGUCAAAGCCAAAAAUAAAAUGUCCAGAGUGUGAACGUGAAUUUAAAAAUUCAACCAGCUUGAGGAUACACAGUGAAGUACAUAUCCAAGGCACCGUACCCUGUAAGUUAUGUGACAAAGUUUUCCGCUCUGAAACAAAGCUCAGAAGUCAUCAUUGUCGCUGUCACAGUGCCAAAACGCUUGCCUGUGACAAAUGUGAAGCAACCUUUAGCACUAAAGCUUCACUGUUCUAUCAUAAAGCAGUGCAUUCAGAUCGUCGACUAUUUGAAUGUUCUGAUUGCAAAUCUAAAUUCAAGCUAAAAAAGUAUUUGAAAACCCACAUGCUGAUUCACACAGACGAAAGACCAUUUCCCUGCCUGCAGUGCCCCUCCAGAUUUCGUACCAAAGCGCAUCUCAUUGCCCAUAUGGGAAGAAGCCUCGGGUGUGGUGCACACAGCGGACCACACAGGAAACCAGGGAGGAAAAGGAAUCAGAGAAAGCAGGAGCUCUCGGACACAGAAACAUCUGAGGAAGUUUCUGCUACAGAUGUAGAGUCCACCUCCCCCUCUGAUUCAGAUACCUCGGACACAGAGGGCUAAAGUGUGGAGCAUUUCAGUGUAUUAGUGCAUCACUAUGUAUCUCCUUCACCAUCAACCUCACGUUUUCAAUGAUUUUAUUGAUAUUUUAAUUGUUAAAUAAAAAGAUCUUGAACGUUAUUUUCAUUGUGACUGCAAUGGAGACUGAUUAUAGGGGGUCAAUUUAUUUGAAACACUUCUGACUCACUCAGUCCCUUUUAGUACAUUUAGUAAUGCAUGAAUCUGAUGCUUAGCUGAAAAUUGUUCAUCAGUACUGCAUGGCUUUUUAAAUGCUGUGUACAAAUGAUGUCACUGUGCGCCUAAAUGGAAAUACCCUCAUUUUUGAAUGAUUGAAGAUUACUUCUCCAGUAAUUACAUUUUAUAUUUCAAAACAUGUUACUUAAAAUAAACUUGUAUAAACAGUAAUGACUUGGAAAGUGUCAAGAUUAGGCAUGUAUAUUGUUUGCCUCAUUUCCCUUUUUCAGUUGUUUCAUUUUGUUAAAUUUUAAUAUAAUUUGUAACUGACAUUUGCUUGUAUAUCUGUAGAUUUCAUUUAAUUUCUUCAAGCAUAUUUCUGUAAAGAUUUUUAAACUAAUGUUUGGCACUGAAGUUGUGCAAGAACUCUGCUGUGGAGGGGACCUUUUGCAGAUUACAUUUCACACAUUUUAUUUUCCAGGUACUGAAUUGUAAUGUGAAUUAAGAAAUUCAUGUAAUGAUAUUUGAACAUGACACCAGAUUACUCCUUAAAAAUGCAUUUUCAUUUAUAAAACAAAAAAUGAGUUUUCCGACAUAGCAGGCCUACUUCAUGGUACAGUAAAAACAAAAAAAAACUAGUGAAAUAACUUGCAGUGGUGCAAACCCAUAGCAGCACUUAUAUCUUUGACGUUUCCGACUGUUCACUACUCUUAACCAUUUCCGUUCUGCUUCAGAACAGUCAAUGCAGGGAUGUUUCAAGUUGUGCUCUCUUAUGGUGACAGGCCUCCAGCAUGCAUGGACAAAAAUUAUUUUUUAAAUGUUUUAGGCAUCUCUCAUAUUUAAGAAAAACAGCUUGCCUUUAUUAUUUGUGUUUAAGUUAACUUUGUGAGCAAAAUCAAAACCACUAUUCUACCAUUUAUUUCAAUAGAUUCUUAUUAAUGUAGCCUAAUAGGAGCAUGGUGGGCUUAAUUGUGUUUCAUGAUUAAAAAAGGAAUGAUACAAUUCAUAUUUAACUAUUAAUCUGUUACAUUAAAAAUGUACAUUUUAGAGUAAAAUAUAAAUCUGUUGUUUCUCCACACAAAGUUCUCCCUAGUGUUUUUACUGUGCCCUGAGCCUUGUCCGAUGACUCUGAAACUGUUUUUAUCUGAAAAAAUAUUUGUUUUAUGGGUAAUCAGAUGUCAUGUACAAAUAUCAAAUCUAUCACUUAAUAUCAUGCUAAAAUCCAGAGAAAUGUAAUCUUUCUGCCAUUUUCUUUUGACUUCCAAAGUGUUUGGCAGGAGGUAUGUGCACAUAAUCAUCCAUAAUUCAAUAGUGACAAUCAUAUAAGAAU